GAAGAUAUUUCAGAUCGGUCUGUUGGCUUUGGAGAGGAGACAUCUCACUUUAUAUGUGUUAAUAACGGGUAUAUUGGGAGAAAUUAUUACUUUUAGUUGGAAUAUCAGUGAUUACUGCCAACUCUGUCUGUGUGAGUCUGACGGGUAUCUGAGGAAGAGGAGGAGGAGGAGGAGGGUUUGGGGAGAGGGGGUCUGACGGCGGAUGCCUUUGCAGCGGAGGACCAAGGAGGAUGUUAUGUUGCGGGACGAAAAAAUGCGGACAAAAACUGCCUUAUCGACGCUGAAACUGCCAGAUUUGAUGGAUCUCAAAGGAGAAAGGAGUGAAAACCUUCUACCAUCCGAUAUGCAAGCAGCCAAAUAGCUUCUUCAGAUAGUGUAAAUGAGAUGGAUGGGUCACUUAUGAAGACUGAAGAGCAUGUAGUCAUAAUGUGGCUCUGAAAACACCCUGGAUAUUCUGUUGAGAUUCAUCACUGCAAACCGUGCUAAAGAUGGAAAGCGGAGUUUUAAUGCCUUGUCUGGAUCAGUUCAUGCUGAGUCCACUUGUCACUUGGUUGAAGACAUUUGUGCCAAAUGAUGGAGGCAUGCACCUGGACUUCUCUGAGCUGUUGGAUGGAGUAUUUCUGAAUGACAUCAUGAUCCAAAUAAAUCCUUCAGCUACACCACCACUGGGGGAACUGAGCAAAAUGAGUCGCAUCCAGAGUCUGAACUUUCUAGUCCAGCAGAUCAAGACAUAUUAUCUGGAUAAUCUCAGACAAUUGAUCAUGAUUCCCUUGCCAAAUGUGUUGCUGCUUGGCAGGACUCCUUACUGUGAACAAAGUCUGGAGGAAAUGAAGAAGCUUUUGCUGUUACUACUGGGAUGUGCAGUCCAGUGUGAGAAGAAAGAAGAGUACAUUGAGAGAAUUCAGACACUUGACUUUGAAACUAAAGCUGCCAUAGCUGCACAUAUUCAGGAGCUGACCCACAGUCAGGAGAAUGUGGUGGAUCUUCAUUGGCUGGAGUUUAAUGAGGUGCAGCCAGAUGAGCUGGAGACUGUCGCGAGGAGCAUGGCCCUGCAUCUCCGAAGCCUGCUGGAUCAGAGGGAUACCCAUCUGGAGACCAUAGCAGAGCUGAUGCAGGAAAGGGAAGGCAUGGGUAGUUUACUGAGUAGCCCCUCUAGUCCACACUCAGCCAGUUACUCUCCCACCACCCAGCAGCAGCAGACAGGAACCCAGCAGCAUCUGUCUGUGGAGCUGGCCGACUCCAAAGCCAAGAUCAGAAGACUUAGACAAGAGCUGGAGGAGAAAAGUGAGCAGAUGCUGGACUGCAGACAUGAACUGGAGAGCAUGGAGGCAGAGCUGAAGAGGAUCCAGCAGGAGAACUCCCAGCUGCUUGUGGACGCUCGUGCAGCUCGUACUUACCGUGACGAGCUGGACGCCCUGAGAGAGAGAGCCAUCAAGGCGGACAAACUGGAGAGUGAAGUUGGACGCUACAGGGAUCAGCUGCACAAGAUGGAGUUCUACAAGGCCAAAGCGGAGGAGCUUAAGGAGGAUAAUAGGGUGCUACAAGAGACCAAAGAGGUGCUGGAGGAUCAGUUAGCGGGCUGGAGGGCACGAUCAGAUAAAAUCCACCAGCUGGAGAAGCAAAACCUUCUGCUGAAAGCCCGGGUUCAUGACAUGGAACAGGAGAGGGAGGCAGAUCAGAGGCGUAUGGAGGAGCUACAGGAAGAGAACCUCGCUCUGUGUUUGGCACAGAGGAGGAGUAUGGAGGAAUCCCAACACCUAGGGUGGGAGCUAGAACAGCUUUCCAAGACGACAGAAAGUUACCAAGGCCUGCAGACUCUGAGUGAGGAGGUCAGUGAGAGAACCUGUAGUCGGAUGCUAAAGCUGGAGAAGGAGAAUCAAAGCCUCCUGAGGACCAUAGAGGAACUCAGAGCCGCCUUCAACAGUGUACAGCUGAAUUGCAGCAACCAAGAAUUUCAACAUGUCCACCACGUGACCAACAACUACACCUCAUCAACAGAAGAACCCGCAGGAUUACAAACUCCAAGCAUGAAUUCAGAAAACCAUGCAAUUGGUGAAGUAGCACAACAGAUGUGGAACAGAGAUUUGAAACGCCACCAGCAACCUGACACAGAACAUUUGGAGGGAGUCCAGAGUGACAUUCACCUCACAGAAAAUCCAGAUCUUCAUUUUCAGGAAAAAGGACAGCUGGGUGACAAAGAUGGAGAACAUUUUAAAGAACUGAUGUCUGAUGUCGAGGUGCUAGAAAACAAUCACAACAGGUUUCAUUGUUUGGUUGGAGGCGAUCAGUCCCCUGGAUCAAAGAGUGGAAGCCCCUGCCACAACAGCAUCUUCUCAGGUCUGCCAACACGUUCCUCCUCUUAUGCCAGCAAACACACACAGCGGCUGGAGGCCAAGUGUAGGGCUCUGGACACAGUCAAUCAACAUCUACAGACCUCCCUUGAUAACACUGAACGAAAAGUUCAGCGUCUGGAGGCUGAGGUUCAGGAGCUGGAGGCAGAAAACCAGAGCCUACAGGCCACCUUGGAAGAACUGCGCAUCUCUGCACGACGACUGGAACAACUGGAAACAGAAAAGCAGAGUCUGGAGCAAGAAACCACAGUCUUGGAAAGGGAAAAGAGACAGCUGGAAAAAGAGAAUCGACGACUCCGCCAACAGGCCGAAAUCCAGGAUGCAAAUUUAGAUAGCACUAAUGUAAGUAUGACUAGUCUGGAGAGGGAGAUGCGCUUUCUGGUGAAGGAAGUGGAGGGAUUAAGGGAGACUGCUGAAAGAGUCAAAGGCCUGGAGAAAGACAACAGAGAACUGACCAAGCAAAGUGCUAUCGACCAGAGAACCCUGGCCACGCUCCGAGAGGAGCUGGUGAAUGAGAAGCUAAAGACUCAGCAAAAAGACAGUGAACUGGAGCGGCUCACCCAUGAAAUGGAAACGAAGGCCCUUAACCCAGACAGUUCACAGGAAGCGCUGGGAGAAGCACCAGACAACAGUAGAUUUAAGAUGUUGGAGUCAGAACUGGAGUCAUCUCUAAAGAAGUCUCUGCAGAUUAAAGAAGAAAAAAUUGCUGCUCUAGAGGCACGACUGCAGGAAUCCUCCACCUUUAACCUGCAGCUGCGCCAGGAACUAAAAACUGUGAAACUAAGCUAUGAGGCUCUGCAACAGAGGCAGGAGGAAGAGUGGACGGCACCGAGCUCCACACCUCAGAGAGAGACCAGCAAAGCGAUGAGCGAAUGGUUGCGUGAAAACCAAGAGGCUACGAAGGAGCUGUUAAAGCUCAAAGACCGACUCAUUGAAGUGGAGAGGAAUAAUGCAACACUGGAGGCAGAGCGCCAAGCUAUGCAGACCCAUCUGAAGCAGCUGGAGACUCAGUCUGACAGCCAGCAGGCUCAGAUCCUGGCCCUGCAGAGGCAGGCUGCCACACUGCAGGAGAACAACACAGCCCUGCAGACACACAAUGCUAACCUGCAGGUGGAGAAGUCCACACUGAACUCCCAGAGUGCCUCCCUCCUGGCCCAGAAUGCUCAGCUACAGCAGCAGCAGUCAGGGACAGAAAGUGAGCGGGACAGCGCAAUGCGAGAACGUGAAGAGCUGCGAGUUGUCCACGAGCAGCUAUUACGAGAUCAUGAGCGACUGGCUGCGCUACAUGAGCGGCAGGCGAUGGAAUAUGAGGCCCUGAUGGGUAAACAUGGCUGUCUGAAAAAUGCCCAUCGCACUCUGGAACUGGAACAUCGCACACUGCAGGACAGGUACAACACUCUCUUGCAGCAGCGGACUAAACUUGAAGACCUGGAGAAAGCCCUGAAGGAAGAGCAGGUGAAGAUGGCUCUGGAGAAAGAGCAGCACAGGACGACUGCUGCGGAGUGUUGUAGGCUCCGUGAUGAGAAGGACUGGCUGAACCAGACAUACCGCCAGCUCCUGAAUGACAACGAGUUACUGACAGCAGAUCACAAGCAGCUCAAGGGUCAGCUGAAUGAAGCCAAACUGGAGCACACCUGGCUGCAGGCUGACUUCUCCAAACUCAAGAAGGAGUUUCAGCAGAUGGAUAUCACCUCCACAAAACUCACCAACCAGUGUGAGUUGUUGAGCCAACUGAAAGGGAAUUUAGAGGAAGAGAACCGCCAUCUGCUUACCCAGAUCGAGACCCUAAUGCUGCAGAACCGAACCUUGUUGGAGCAAACUAUGGAAAGCAAGGAUCUGUUUCAUGUUGAAGAGCGACAGUAUAUUGACAAACUAAAUGAUUUGAGGAGGCAGAAGGAAAAGCUGGAGGAAAAGAUUAUGGACCAGUACAAGUUCUAUGAGCCCUCACCUGCUCGCAGACGUGGGAACUGGUUAACCCUAAAACUAAGGAAGUUGAUGAAAUCCAGUAGCCGUGAGCAAGUAACUGAACGCCCACCCACACCCACACACUCAGCGACUACUGAGCAGCAUCUCACCUGUCAUGACAACAACUCCUUCAUCAGCUCAGAUGGCUCUGGAGGCUCUGCCUCCACCUUGGCAGGUGAUGUCAUCUCACCCAAACGCAGCAGCACCACACUCAAAAUGUUUCCCCGUAUGAGGAACAGACUGAAGGACAGAGACAAAGUCAAGUCCCUCUUCCGUCGUUCCAUGUCCCUGAGCAGUCUGGCAUACCCUUCACCCCCGUCCAAGGAGGAGUGGUGGGCGCUCAGCUCACAGCAGCUGGAAGGGUGUGAGGCUAAUGUGGAGCCAAACAGAGACGACACAUUGACCUCAUCCCUCACCACAUCCAUCUUGUCCAUUCUCCACCUUCAUCCCACCAAUGUGCCAUCAAACAAUCAUCACACCUCGAUUCAAACCACUGAAACUGGUCCAGAUGUGUCUGAGCUGUGGGUGACAGACAAAGACUCAAAUGAUAGUGCCGUGCCGUCUGGAUUUGAGGACAACGAUGAGCCUCAGAACGAUGGGGUGAAUGGCAGUCAAAGUCGAGCCCAAAGUGAGAGCAGUGGCGAGUUCAGCCUGAGCCUAGAAAAUGAGCCUUGGUCAAAUGGCAGUAGCCCUGUCCAGCAGCCCCCAUCCCGCCGCUUGUCAUCCUCCUUCCAGCCACCCAGCGACACCUCCACCCCACAACAUAAACAGCAGCAGAAGCCAUCCACUGCUGCACACAAGGAGAAAGGUUCUACUUUACCCACACAGAAGGAGCCUGGAUCCACUCAGGACUUCUGGCUCACAAGGGGUACAAAGAGCAUCAGGAGGGGCCCAAGAAGCAAAGCUUUACGUCGAUCAUCAGAUACAGGAGGCAAAAUGACUCAGGGCCUCAAUGGGAUGAACACAAAGUCAGCCUCUAGCAAUGUCGAAACUACCCGAGCUGUAGCUUGUUCUCCGAUCACAGUUCUGUAUGUUCAGGGUAAAUCAUCUUCAAUGUCCGGCUGCCUCAACUGUUUCUCUACCCCGAUAAGCAAAGAUGGACGACAGAAAGGGAAUAGGUCCCCCAAAAGUCUCCCUCGUGCCAGCAGUGUAAUUUCCACAGCAGAGGGCUCAUCUAGACGUUCUAGUGUCAACAGUGAUUGUAGGGUAGCGGGAAAGGCUGAUCCUCCACCUGUCCAGGUUUCAGUGGAAAUCAGUAAUCCAGAGCAGCAGGAUAUAGUAAGUCCAAAACAACAAGCAGACCCAGAAACCAUUAACAAUGAGCCUGAGCCCAUUGCCCCAGUCAAACCUCCUAGAGACCCAGCAGCCGUGGUUGCCACCGACCGCUCAAACUCUCCAGUGCAGGAGUCACUUUUUGGCUCCUCGUUCACUUUCAACUCUGUUUUCUCCAACACAAUAUUUAGUGAUUCUGUGAUUCGUACUACAACUAGUUUGGAUGCACUUCAAAAUAACGAGACCCUCAAACGUCUACAUCCACCUUUAGUGCAAAAUGGUCAAAGCCUGGAGUCUGUCUGUGACACGCCACAAACACAGCUCAAUGUAGAGGAUGAGCAGAGUCAGAAUGCACACCAUGGAGCUGGACUGAAGGAGAAGGACAAGACACUUGCUGUUGCAUGAAAACAGCUGCUGCAUUGUUGAAUGUUUGGUCAGUUUGAUGAUGCAGGUUUGCCUGUAAGGUCAGUUUUCAUCAAUGUAGCACAAUAACAUACUUUAAAGUCAGUGCACUCCAAUAUAUUUUGCAUUUUAUUCCACUGACCACAGUCAUCUCAAAGGUGCAAUUUUUGUUCAAGUUGUUUUGUUUUUUUGUUUACACUGUGGUCAGUAAGUACAUUACCAGCUUUUACUUUAUAUGCAGUAGCUCUAGAAAACAAAUGUUCCAGCAACUCUGAUAAUUAUGUUUGUGCUCAGGUUCUCCAUAAUGUACUAAAUAUUAGAUGUCUUCCUUUUCCCCUUAUGACUAGAGGUAGUCUGCAGCAUUUGUUGUGGCACAAGCCUGCUUAAUUUCACAAUCUCUAUGACAAUCCUGUUAUGUACAUUUGUGUUUGCCAAAACAUUUUGCCCAUUUUUUGCCUAUUUAUGCUCAGAUUGUAUGUUUAAGUUAUUUUAUAUGGAUUUCUGCCUCUUUAAUAUUGAGCCAUAGAGAAGGUGAUGUUUAUGUGAGAAUGAGUGUGUUUACAUGUGCACUAGUUUUACUGGUUCACCUGACUGGAGAAGACCUAACCUGGUUAUAUGUUACACUCGUAAAGCUCUUGUCCUAAGAUGGUGAGAUAUCGAAACAUACAAGUACAGAGAAGACAGAAUCUUGGAUACUGCCAGAAUCAUGGAAAAAGGAGGAUGAUAUUUGAAAUAGGACUGUGCUGCAUUUGGUAAUGUUUUUUAAUCUUUCAUGCCAAUAAAGCCCACAAUUCUCAUAUUUCUUGUGACUUAUGAAAGGCCCUAAGACUGGACUCCAGUAUACCGGUGUGCAUCUAAAUACAUUCAAUGUGUACAUAUCUUGUAAAAAAAAAAAAAGAAAAAAAAUAAGAAAAUUAUACCUGAGUGCUAUUUUCCCUUAAAUAAAGACACCCACUAUGCAAAGUC